AUGCAGCUGCUCUCGGCGGCCUGCCGUGCCCUCUCCCUUGUCCUCGUAGUGCUGCUCCUCUCAGCCACCGGCGCCGCACCGAUCGAUGGCGACACGGCGUCCAGCAGCAACGCGGCGGCGUUGACGGCGGCGGGCGGCGUCAACUCCUCAUCGCCCGCGUCGGCGGUCGACGAGACCAUAGAGACGUACCUCUGCCACAUCUGCCUCGGCCGCGACCUGUUGAACAGGAGGGUCUGCCCCACCUACUGGCCCGACUGCCACGCCCUCUGCGACCCGCACCCGCCGCCCGCCGGGCCUCCUGCAUUGCCGGCCGCCCCCAACCGCGAUGAUCCGUGCUACGUCGUGAAGAUAUACAACAACGGCACCCACGCCGUCGUCCAGUACCUGGACUGCAGGCUGACCCGCUGGUGCUCCCUCACGUGUGGCGGAGGCGACGACGUGAGAGCCUUGGGUGCUGCUGCGACCUCCCCCGCGCCAGCAGCUCCGUCGUCCCUUCAGGGCAUGCCGCCGCCGCGCGUCGCCGAAAGGCGGGUGUGCAACUCGCAGGUCGCGGCUCGGGGCCGACCUGUCCCCGGUGGCGCGCGCGCACGCUCUCGGCUCGGAUGA